AUGUCAAUAUCUACAGGUGACAAAUAUCAUUCAAAAGCGGAAACUAUUCCAAAUACGCUCCGCUACAGAAAUAUCAGGAUACUUGUUGUCGAAGAUACAAAGAAAGCCGCAAAGACUUUAUUCAAAUCAUUUAGAGAGGAUGCUUUGGCAAAUUUACUAGUAUCGCAUGUCGAAGAUCAAAAUGAGAAAGAUAUAUUAGAGUUAACACUAUAUGAGGCAUACGUGAAGCAGCAUAUUUUGAAAGGAAUUGUGUUAGGAAUCAACGAGACAGAUGCCGGUUUUGAGACUGUUGGUGUAUGGUCCACUCCUGACUCGUUGAAGGCAGGUUUAGAUUCAUUUUCAAAUUUGAUGGAAGCAGGUUAUGGCAGAUUAUGGGAAAUCAAUAACGAAGAAGGUCGCCAGAGAAUAUUUAAUGGAAUGUUACCAUUAUUACACGAUACAUGUGAAAGAAUAUUAGAAACAGACUCCAGGUUUAGAAACAAAGGUGUUUACACACUAGUAUACUUAGGAUCAUUAGAGAGUGCUCGGGGAAAGGGAAAUGUAAGAUUAAUGUUCGAUUAUAUGUUUGAAAACUAUAUUGAUAAGUCACCAAAUAAUGUAUCAUAUUUGGAAAGCUCAAGCAAAAGCAAUAUUCCCAUUUAUGAUAAAUUCGGAUUCAAAUUUUACGAGGAUAUAAUGCUAGGUUCUAAAGAAUCCGAAAACAGCAUCGAGGGCAAAGAUUAUGCAAUAAUGAAUGUAAUGAUUCGGGGGUCAUCGGGCCAUGACUGGACUCAAGAUGAAAAUACAGGUAGUACACAAGCUAAAUUGUAA